GUGUCGCCUGAGGGUGCUGCUGACCAUGGCUGCUUCGGGCCCGGAACCCCGGUUUUUGCUCCUGCUGCUGUUGCUGCUGCCGCCGCUGCCCCCUGUGACUUCUGCCUCCGAUCGACCCCGGGGCUCGAACCCUGUCAACCCAGACAAAUUGCUGGUGAUCACUGUGGCUACGGCAGAGACAGAGGGCUACCGGCGUUUUCUGCAGUCUGCAGAGUUCUUUAACUACACCGUACGGACCCUGGGCCUGGGACACGAGUGGCGAGGAGGUGAUGUCGCUCGAACAGUUGGUGGAGGCCAGAAGGUCAGGUGGCUAAAGAAGGAAAUGGAGAAGUACGCGGAUCGGGAAGACAUGAUCAUCAUGUUUGUAGACAGCUACGAUGUGAUUCUGGCCAGCAGCCCGACAGAGCUGCUGAAGAAGUUUGUCCAGAGUGGCAGUCACCUGCUGUUCUCUGCCGAGAGCUUCUGCUGGCCCGAGUGGGGGCUGGCCGAGCAGUACCCUGAGGUGGGCACGGGCAAGCGCUUCCUCAACUCUGGUGGAUUCAUUGGCUUCGCCCCGACCAUCCAUCAAAUUGUCCGUCAGUGGAAAUACAAAGAUGACGAUGACGAUCAGUUGUUCUACACGCGCCUGUACCUGGACCCAGGGCUGCGGGAGAAGCUCAAGCUUAAUCUGGACCAUAAGUCCCGGAUCUUCCAGAACCUCAAUGGAGCCUUAGAUGAAGUGGUCUUAAAGUUCGACCAGAAUCGUGUGCGCAUCCGAAACGUGGCGUACGACACUCUCCCUGUUGUGGUCCAUGGAAACGGUCCCACCAAGCUCCAGCUCAACUACCUGGGGAACUAUGUCCCCAAUGGCUGGACUCCCCAGGGAGGCUGUGGAUUCUGCAACCAGAACCAGAGGACACUCCCGGGGGGGCAGCCUCCCCCCCGGGUGCUUCUGGCCGUGUUUGUGGAGCAGCCUACCCCCUUCCUGCCUCGAUUCCUGCAGCGCCUACUGCUCCUGGAUUACCCCCCAGACAGGAUCUCUCUCUUCCUCCAUAACAACGAGGUGUACCAUGAGCCUCACAUUGCAGACGCCUGGCCGCAGCUCCAGGACCACUUCUCAGCUACAAAGCUAGUAGGGCCAGAGGAAGCCCUGAGCCCCGGCGAGGCCAGGGACAUGGCCAUGGAUAACUGUCGGCAGGACCCCGAGUGUGAGUUCUACUUCAGCCUGGAUGCUGAUGCUGUCCUUACCAACCCAGAGACCCUGCGCAUCUUGAUUGAACAAAACAGGAAGGUAAUAGCCCCCAUGCUUUCCCGCCAUGGCAAACUCUGGUCCAACUUCUGGGGUGCCCUGAGCCCCGAUGAGUACUAUGCCCGCUCCGAAGACUAUGUGGAACUGGUGCAGCGGAAGCGAGUGGGCGUGUGGAAUGUGCCCUACAUAUCCCAGGCAUAUGUGAUCCGCGGGGAGACCCUGAGGACAGAGCUGCCCCAGAAGGAGGUGUUCUCAGGCAGUGACACUGACCCAGACAUGGCUUUCUGCAAGAGCCUACGGGAUAAGGGCAUCUUCCUCCACCUCAGCAACCAGCAUGAGUUUGGCCGGCUGCUGGCCACUUCUCGCUAUGACACUGACCACUUACACCCAGACCUCUGGCAGAUCUUUGACAACCCUGUGGACUGGAAAGAACAGUACAUUCAUGAGAACUACAGCCGGGCCCUGGAUGGGGAGGGGCUGGUGGAGCAGCCCUGCCCAGAUGUGUACUGGUUCCCCCUGCUGACGGAGCAGAUGUGUGACGAGCUAGUGGAGGAGAUGGAGCACUACGGCCAGUGGUCUGGAGGCCGGCACGAGGAUUCCAGGUUGGCUGGAGGAUACGAGAAUGUGCCCACUGUGGAUAUCCACAUGAAGCAGGUGGGGUACGAAGACCAGUGGCUUCAGCUGCUGAGGACAUAUGUGGGGCCCAUGACCGAGUACCUGUUCCCUGGCUAUCAUACCAAGACACGGGCAGUGAUGAACUUUGUGGUCCGCUACCGGCCAGAUGAACAGCCCUCACUUCGGCCGCACCACGACUCGUCCACCUUCACUCUCAACGUUGCCCUCAACCACAAGGGCGUGGACUAUGAGGGAGGUGGCUGCCGCUUCCUGCGCUAUGACUGCAGAAUCUCAUCCCCAAGAAAGGGCUGGGCUCUCCUGCACCCUGGCCGCCUCACACACUACCACGAGGGGCUGCCUACCACCCGGGGCACUCGAUACAUCAUGGUGUCCUUUGUUGACCCCUGACACUCAACCAGUCUGCCAAACCUCUGCCAUUGUGCCUUGUUGGGCUCCGGGGGUGCCGUUCUCGGAGAGAGGGGGCCCAGCUCUUCUCAUUUCCUGAGCGUGUCUGUGUGCCUGGCACGGAAUGUUCUGCCCUCAGCGUCCCUCUCAGGAGGUCCCUGGAGUCUGCCACCUUCCUACCGACCCGAUGGACUCAGGGACAGUGGACUUUCGUUGUUUUAUUUUUUGUUUUUUUUCGAGACAGGGUUUCUCUGUGUAUCCCUGACUGUCCUGGAACUCACUCUGUACACCAGGCUGGCCUCGAACUCACAGAGAUCCGUCUGCCUCUCCCUCCCACGUGCUGGGAUUAAAGGCGUGCACCACUGCUGCCCAUGGGAGUGGACUUCUGAGGGUUCCCUGAUAAAUUAUUGAGCUUCCUCAGCCUCACAUUAAAUAAAAGGGUCUUUGUA